CAUUACACCACUAACCCACGUGGGUCAUUCAUAGCCUCUUUUUCAAUAUCCACAGGAAAGAUGGGUAUCUCCGUGAAGGAUGUCGAUGCACAUGAAUUCACAAAGGCUCUUGCUGCCUUCUUGAAAAAGCAAGGUAAAAUGAAGAUACCUGACUGGGCUAGCAUAGUAAAACUGGCCAAGUAUAACGAACUAGCCCCCUACGAUGAUGACUGGUACUACACACGAGCAGCUUCUGUGUGUCGCCAUCUGUAUAUCAGAUCUCCAGUUGGUGUUGGGGCCUUUUCCAAUCUUUAUUCAGGGCGAAAGAGGAAUGGAACAGCACCUAGCCAUUUUUGCAAAGGAAAUUCAUCAGUCAGCCGGAAGGUUCUUCAAUCUCUGGAGGGAAUGAAACUUGUGGAGAAAGACACAGCUACAGGAGGAAGAAAAUUGACCCAACAAGGCAGAAAAGAUCUGGACAGAAUCGCUGCCCAAGUAAACGAGAGGUUCAAUCCACGACCCAAGAAAGAAUGAAACUGUCAUUUGGUGUUUCAUAAAUGUAUAUGACACUU